AUGGCGAAGGGUCGGGACGGGACGGGCGCGACGAGCGCGACGGCGAGAGAGAAGCCGCGCGUCGGGUACAAGGGAAAGAAACUCACCGCUGACGAGGAGGAGGACGACGGCGACGGGAAGCGAUCGAAGAAGACGAAGGAAAAGAUUUCUAAAUAUAGGAAAUUUAGCGUGGCUGGGAAAGGGACGGUGCGGGCGAAGAGGAAGGACGCCGCCGGGGAGAACGCGAGGGAGGCUCGGUCGCUCGAGAGUCCGCGCGCGGGCGGCGCCGCGGAGAUCGCGGAGGGAACGACUUUGGUAGAGUUGGCGAGGGUAUUGGAGAUGGAAACUCGGGAUUUAGAAACUGUGCUAGCGAACUUGGGUGAGUCCUUGGCGUCGAGCGAGGAUGCGGUGCCGACGGACGUGAUGGAGUUGGUCGGGUUGGAACUGAACGUGGACAUCUCCGUCUCUCCGGAUCCGAACGCGGACGCGACAGAGGUUGUGCGGCGACGAGGCGUAGUGGCGGUCAUGGGACACGUCGAUCAUGGGAAAACGACGCUGCUGGAUUCGUUGCGCAAGACAUCCGUGGCCGCGGGCGAGGCGGGAGGAAUCACGCAACACAUAGGCGCCUUCGUCGUCGAGCUUCCAGGCGGACACGGAUCGCUGACAUUUCUCGAUACUCCCGGUCACGCCGCGUUUAGUGCGAUGCGACAGCGUGGAGCGACGGCAACGGAUGUUGCCGUACUUGUUGUCGCCGCGGAUGAUGGGGUAAUGCCACAAACGCGAGAGGCAGCGGCGCACAUACAGGCGGCGGGGGUGCCGAUGGUCGUCGCGCUUACGAAGAUUGAUAGAGAAAAUGCCGAUCCACGACGAGUGAAGAGUGAGAUCGGGAGCAUGGGCAUAGAAUUAGAAGAAUUCGGGGGUAAAGUGCAGUGUGUUCCCAUUUCAGCCAUCACAGGUGAGGGAUUGGCAGAAUUGGAAGAGUGUCUCGUCCUCGAGGCGGAUGCGCUCGAGUUAAAGGCGUCUCUCUCGGGCAAAGUUAAUGGUGUUGUUUUAGAGGCAAAGUUAGAUAAAGGGCAAGGUCCGACAGCUACUGGAUUACUGCGCUCUGGUACGCUCAAAGUCGGUUCGUAUGUGGUCGUGGGUAAUCAGUAUGGCAAAGUUCGAAGCUUGCGCAACGCCAAAGCCGAGCAAAUCUCGCACGUUGGUCCGGCUGAACCUUUCGAGCUCGUCGGUUUGAAAGGGGUUCCUUCGGCCGGUGAUAGCAUCACGAUGGUUGAAUCCGAGUCUAGAGCGAAGAGAAUAAGCGAAGCACGAGAAGAACGCGAAGCGCGGAUGAAAGGUGAAGACGAGGAGGCGGCGCCAGCGAAUCAGUCUGAAAUUGAUCCCGAAGAGCGAGGACAUUUAAACGUCAUCAUCAAGGCUGACGUUCAAGGAACGGCAGAAGCUGUGCGCGACGCUCUUUUAGGGCUCGCAUCUGAAGCCGUUGGAUUGAAGGUCGUGUUCAUGGGCGUUGGCGCCAUCACGGAAAGCGAUAUAAGCUUGAGCGCUGCCAUCGGCGCUCCGGUCCUGGGAUUCAACGUGCGCGAGCCGCCCAACUCGCUCGCGAAAUUAGCCAAGCAGAAAGGUGUGCGCAUCGUUCGACACCGAGUUAUUUACCACUUACUCGACGAAGUGGGAGAGAUGCUCACCGGCUUAGCGCCCAUGGAGGAGCACGAACAAAUCGAGGGUGAGGCGAACGUCGUGCAGAUAUUCGACAUGUCCGGCGCGAAAGGCAACAACGCGACCAUCGUCGCCGGCUGCGUCGUCGGCCAAGGAGCGAUGAAAGCGGGUGAGAAAUUUAGGUUGAUUCGCGACGGAGUGUGCAUCCACGAAGAGCUACUCGACUGUUCUUCCAUGCGCCGCCACCGGCUCGAAGUCGACGCCGUCGGCAAAGGUAGCGACUGCGGUAUCGCUCUCGCAGACGUCGUCGACAUCCGAAUGGGGGACGUCAUUCAGUGCGUAUCGCUCGUUCGCCGCCCUUUACGUUCAGUCAAGGUUGAAUCCGGCGGCGCGCGCGUGGUGAAGGGAGAUUAAGGAUGUUUCUACUUUGCUACGAUGCGAUAAAAAAAAUGCGUUCCAAACGCUUACUUCCCGAGCGAGCACUUCGUCUCAAACGCCUCUUGUUCCCGCCGACACUUUUCAAAGUUAUUGCUCCUGUAA